UGUUAGUAAAGUUAGGAUUACACAGGGACUUUAGAGGUGAUGGAGGUAAUGUUAUCUCUAUUACAUGAGAAUGAUGAGCAAUGGCUGAUAGCAAACGGUCAAGAAUGAGAAGUGUUGGAUGAGCAGCAAGUGUGUAUUUUAGGCUACAUCAUUUUAUUUUAGAUAUUUAGGUGAAAGCUGUGUUGAAAGGCUGCAUAGUGUGAGUUUUUAACAUGUUUUAAAAAGCACUAAAACAAGUGAAAUAACAGAUUUUAAAACUGAUAAAUGAUCAGUUAACUUAAAAAGUGGAAAAAAAUAUAAAAGUAAUAUUAGCAAACGGUAUGCCCACACUUAAUAAGAGUAAAGCAGUGUCAAAUGCUUUUAAGACAUGCUUUGCAUGAAUUCAUAAAGCAGCCCCGUUUGUAGCCUGAUACAAAUACGUGUUAUAGCUGUUUGAGGAGGAAGCACCUUGAACCUGAAGAAUUAGAACUGAGAGCCUUCAGAGAAAGGUAUCAGGAAGAUGAGUGGUCCAGCAGUCUAAUGCUCUGCCACUAUGAACGGGAGGUCGCCAGUUCGAAUCUCAUUCAUGCAGCUUUGCCAUCAGCUGCUAGCGCCCAGAGGUAGCAAAAUUGGCCUUGCUCCCUCCGGGUGGGUAGAUGGUGCUCUCUCCCCAUCACGCUUAAAGGUGACGCUGGGCUGCACGAGGCGUCUGUGGGCUGAUGUAUCGGGGCCUAGUCGCUGUGCUUUCCUCCGAGCGCGCUAGCCGCUCAGGUAAUGAUGCAUCAGCAGCAGCUCGGAAAAAGGUGUGACGGACUUCACAUGUGUCUGCACCAACUUCACCAACUCAAAAAGAUGGUGAAAAAAAACAGACUGCCUGGGUGUUUAUUCAUUUUAGAGAUAAUGUGAGUGUUACUUGUUGCUCUAAUAAUAUUUCUGAAACAGACAGAUCCGUUGUAGGAGGUGAUUUAGACCAGCAAUAUGUCCUAGCUCAGUAUUGUUGGCUCAGUUACUCUUUCCUCACAAACACAAAAGCCACUCCCACUGAAUGGGGAAAACUCUUGAGAAACGAAAGUAGAAACUCUCUCUUUCUGCUCGGUCUGUUUGUCUCUGUGUGAUCAGUAAAAUGGCAGAAGCUGCUCUUAAAACUCAGGACUCGCUCACCUGUCCGAUCUGUCUGGAUCUACUGAAGGAUCCAGUGACUAUUCCCUGUGGACACAGUUUCUGUCUGGGUUGUAUUAAGCACUGCUGGGCUGGAGAUGAUCAGAGGAAGGUCUACAGCUGCCCUCAGUGCAGACACACCUUCACUCCAAGGCCUGUUCUCAACAAGAACACCAUGCUGGCUGAACUAUCUGAGGGUCUGAGGAAGACAAGGCUCCAAGCUGCUCCUCCUGCUGCUGAUUCUCCUGCUGGAUCUGGAGGUGUGGAGUGUGACGUCUGCACCGUAACAAAACACACAGCUGUUAAGUCCUGUCUGGUGUGUCUGCUCUCCUUUUGUGAAGCUCAUAUUCAGCCUCAUUAUGAAAUUCCUGCAUUUAAGAAGCACAAACUGGUUGAAGCCUCCAUGAACCUGCAGGAGAAGAUCUGCUCUCUUCAUGAUAAACUACUGGAGGUUUUCUGUCGCACUGAUCAGCAGUGUAUAUGUCUUCUGUGUGUGAUGGAUGAACACAGUGGUCAUAAGACAGUCUCAGCUGCAGCAGAAAGAGCUCAGAAACAGAAGCAGCUGGUGGAAACUCAGAGGAAAUCCCAGCAGAGAAUCCAGCAGACGGAGAAGAAACUGCAGGAGCUGAGAAAGACUAUGGAGACUCUCAGGCGCUCUGCACAGGCAGCAGUGGAGGACAGUGAGAAGAUCUUUACUGAACUGAUUCAGUCCAUGGAGAGAAGACGCUCUGAGGUGAAAGAGCUGAUCAGAGCUCAGGAGAAGACUGAACUGAGUCUGGCUGAAGAUCUCCUGAAGAAACUGGAGCAGGAGAUUGCUGAUCUGAGGAGGAGAGACGCUGAACUGGAGAAGCUUCUACACUCAGAGGAUCCCGUCCAUUUCCUCCAGAGUUUCCAGUCUCUCUCAGCUCCUCCUCAAUCUGCAGACUUACCCCAAAUCCCAGUCAGUCCACAAUUCUCCAUGGAGGAACUGAAGAAAGCUGUGACUGGAGUGAUGGAACAAGUAGAACCAAAACUGCUCAGGUUUUCUGGAGGGUUUAUUUCUUCAUCCAUGAAGGCUACUCCUCUUCAGAAACCACAACAGCUCCUUCAGUCUCCUGAACCAAAGACCAGAAAGGACUUCCUGAAAUUCUCCUGUCAGCUCACUCUGGAUCCAAACACAGCACACACACUCCUCGCUCUGUCUGAGAGAAACAGAAAAGCUACACUGAUGUUCCAGAAACAACAAUAUCCUGAUCAUCCAGAGAGAUUUGAAGAGGUUUAUCAAGUUCUCUGUAGAGAAAGUCUGCCUGGACGCUGUUACUGGGAGGUUGAGUUUAACAGCAGUAAUGUUGAAAUUACAGUUUGUUAUAAAACCAUCAGCAGGAAAAGAGGAUCUUAUGAGUCUGGAUUUGGGUCUAAUAAUCAGUCCUGGAGUUUGUACUGCUGGGGUUCUAGUUUCUGUUUCAGACACAAUAAUAAAGAGACUAAACUCCCUGUAGUCUCCAGAUCCUCCAGAAUAGUAGUGUAUGUGGAUCACAGUGCAGGAAUUCUGUCCUUCUACAGCGUCUCUGACACAAUGACCCUCCUCCACAGAGUCCACACCACCUUCACUCAGCCCCUCUAUCCUGGGUUUGGGGUUUAUUAUUAUAACAAUGUUGUUCAGAUAUGUGAUCUUAUUUAAAUGUCAGAUAGAAGCUGAUCAUGUGAUCAUCUACAGUCUUAUGGAGAGUCUAGGAAAAUCCAGUCUAGAUUCUGACAGACUAUUAGAAACAAAACAUUUAAUACAGCAGCUUGAAGUCUGUCCUGUGUGUUUUAUAUAUUAUGGAAUGUGUACUUUUAAAAUGUCUUUUCCACUGUGUAUUUCAGUUGUCAUAUCAAGCAGAAAAUAACUAAACAUUUGAUUUCAAUGAUAAUAUUUAGAUUUUGCUUUAAAUUUAUCAAAACAUGAAAAUAAUAACGUGGCUCUUAAAUCUAGUCACAUUAUUAGUCAGUAUAAUUCUAGAAACACAACUCUAUCUGUCUUUGCACAAGUACCCUUAGAUCUAGUCCCAGAAUCAGGAAACUGAAAAAAAAGAUGUGUAUUUUGUUGUUUUAAACAGACAUUAUCUCCGCUAAGAUGAAAAAAGUUCAAAAGUUCAAAAAAUAAAUUAAUUUAACUAUUAAAUACAGCAGCUCCCCCUUUCUGAACAACAAGCUUCAUCCACUUUCUUUCCACUUCACCUGCAAGCAGCAGAAAACCUCUAAAGAGAAGACUACUCACUUAAAAAUGUCUUUUGGGCUUGUCAGUCACCAGAGGGCGAUCCCGAGUGAGUCCAAAAUGAAUUAAUUGGUUUCUGCUGAGCAAAUGAGCAAAAUCAUAGUUUAUCAAUGUUUGAUCUUUUUUAUAUCUGAAGAAUGUCUGUUUUGUCCUUUUAGAGAAAAGUAUCAACUAUUUCAGUACCGAAGACCUUAAAUUCCAAUUAUAAGCCUUUUAAACAAGCACAGAGUAGCAAUAAUGAUAGCGUCUUUGUUAAAAAAAACUGUUUGCUUUACAAAAAUGGCAACAUAUUGAUAUAUUUCCUCUUCUAGUAAAAUACUUCAUUCUGUAGCAGUCUGUGGUACUGCUGAUAUGUUAUGGAAGGCCAGGUUGCUUUGAUAACGGCCUUCAGCUCGUCUGUAUUGUUGGGUCUGAUGUCUCUCGCCUUAUUCUUGACAAUACCCCAUUGAAUCUCCGUUUGGUUUAGGUCUGGUGAGUUUGCAGGUCAGUUAAGCUCAGUGGUACUGUGUUUAUUAAACCAGGUACAGGUACUUUUGGCAGUGUGCCAAGUCCUGCUGGAAAAUAAAAUAUACAUCUUUAUAAAGCUUUUCA